UGCCGACUGCUCUGGGUCUGAUUAGGGGAAUCGCUGGACUGCGUGCCGGCACGGGAAAGACGACAGGGGCUGGGGCGCUGUCGUGUUCUGGGGCAGGGCCCCUGAAUGGGGAGGUGGCUGGGUCCUCGCCGAGCAGCCUCGAGGGAAGUGGAAGCCUUAGGGCCCGCAGCCGAGCGCGGCGGCAUGGGCCGAGGUGGGACGAAGGCCCGGCGUUGGGUGGGAUGAGGAUUCUCCGGGUCCCGCCGCCGCCUCGCAUGGCCUGCUUCCACAUACCCCCGCCCGCGCUCCCGAGCCCGCGACUGCGUGGCCGUGGAUGGCGCAGCUGGCGGGGACCCCGCACUUGGGCGGGCGUGGAUCGGCGGCCUCCGCCUGUCCGCCGAGGACGCUCCGGUCCUGCUACCGCCGCCGCCGCCGCCAUCACCUCAGCGGGGGCUCAGCCUGGGACUGCCACAGAGCCUCCGAGAUCCGGUGCUGAUCCCGGCCCCUACCCCCGCAGUUCGCCUUGCGCCAUGGACUGGCAGCCAGACGAGCAAGGCCUCCAGCAGGUCCUUCAGCUGCUCAAAGACUCGCAGUCGCCUAACACAGCCACGCAGCGCAUCGUGCAGGAUAAACUCAAACAACUGAACCAGUUUCCUGACUUCAACAACUACCUGAUAUUUGUCCUGACGAGACUCAAGUCAGAAGAUGAGCCGACUCGCUCUCUCAGUGGUCUCAUCCUCAAGAACAACGUGAAGGCACAUUACCAGAGCUUUCCACCGCCUGUGGCCGACUUCAUCAAACAGGAAUGUCUCAACAACAUCGGUGACGCCUCCUCGCUCAUCCGGGCCACCAUAGGCAUUCUCAUCACCACCAUCGCUUCCAAGGGUGAGCUGCAGAUGUGGCCCGAGCUGCUGCCCCAGCUGUGCAACCUUCUCAACUCGGAGGAUUACAAUACUUGUGAGGGAGCCUUCGGAGCCCUGCAGAAGAUCUGUGAGGACUCGUCCGAACUGCUGGACAGCGAUGCCCUCAACAGGCCCCUCAAUAUCAUGAUCCCCAAGUUCCUCCAGUUCUUCAAGCACUGUAGCCCCAAGAUCCGGUCCCAUGCCAUUGCCUGUGUGAAUCAGUUCAUCAUGGACCGGGCCCAGGCGCUGAUGGACAACAUUGACACCUUCAUUGAGCAUUUGUUUGCCCUGGCUGUGGACGAUGACCCUGAGGUGCGGAAGAACGUGUGCCGUGCACUAGUGAUGCUGCUGGAAGUGCGGAUUGACAGGCUCAUCCCCCACAUGCAUAGCAUCAUCCAGUACAUGCUGCAGAGGACCCAGGACCACGAUGAGAACGUGGCCCUCGAGGCCUGUGAGUUCUGGCUGACGCUGGCCGAGCAGCCCAUCUGCAAGGAAGUCCUGGCCUCCCACUUGGUCCAGCUGAUCCCCAUCCUGGUAAAAGGGAUGAAGUACUCGGAAAUCGACAUCAUCCUGCUGAAGGGGGAUGUUGAGGAGGAUGAGGCUGUCCCUGACAGUGAACAGGACAUCAAGCCACGUUUCCACAAGUCGCGCACGGUGACACUGCCCCAUGAGGCUGAGCGGCCUGACGGCUCAGAGGACGCAGAGGACGAUGACGACGACGACGCUUUGUCCGACUGGAAUCUGAGGAAGUGCUCGGCGGCUGCACUGGAUGUCCUGGCCAACGUCUUCCGGGAGGAACUGCUGCCCCACUUGCUCCCCCUGCUCAAGGACCUCCUCUUCCACCCCGAGUGGGUGGUCAAGGAGUCAGGCAUCCUGGUGCUGGGUGCCAUUGCUGAGGGCUGCAUGCAGGGCAUGGUGCCCUACCUGCCCGAGCUGAUCCCGCACCUCAUCCAGUGCCUGUCGGACAAGAAGGCCCUGGUCCGCUCCAUCGCCUGCUGGACCCUGAGCCGCUAUGCCCACUGGGUGGUUAGUCAGCCCCCCGACAUGCACCUGAAGCCUCUGAUGACGGAGCUGCUCAAGCGAAUCCUGGAUGGCAACAAGAGGGUACAGGAGGCAGCCUGCAGUGCCUUCGCCACCCUGGAGGAGGAGGCCUGCACGGAGCUGGUGCCUUACCUCAGCUACAUCCUAGACACCCUCGUCUUUGCCUUCGGCAAAUACCAGCACAAGAAUCUGCUCAUCCUCUACGACGCCAUUGGCACCCUGGCUGACUCUGUGGGCCACCACCUCAAUCAGCCGGAAUACAUCCAGAAGCUGAUGCCUCCGCUGAUUCAGAAGUGGAACGAGCUCAAAGACGAAGACAAGGACCUCUUCCCCCUGCUGGAGUGCCUGUCAUCAGUAGCCACUGCCCUGCAGAGUGGCUUCCUGCCCUACUGCGAGCCAGUCUACCAGCGCUGCGUCACCCUGGUGCAGAAGACGCUGGCCCAGGCCAUGAUGUAUACCCAGCACCCUGAGCAGUAUGAGGCUCCUGACAAGGACUUCAUGAUUGUGGCACUAGACCUACUCAGUGGCCUGGCUGAGGGCCUGGGUGGACACGUGGAGCAGCUGGUCGCCCGUAGCAACAUCAUGACACUGCUGUUUCAAUGCAUGCAGGACUCGAUGCCUGAGGUCCGGCAGAGCUCCUUCGCCCUCCUGGGAGACCUCACCAAAGCCUGCUUCAUCCAUGUCAAGCCCUGUAUCGCUGAGUUCAUGCCCAUCCUGGGCACCAACCUGAACCCCGAGUUCAUCUCUGUCUGCAACAAUGCCACUUGGGCCAUUGGUGAGAUCUGCAUGCAGAUGGGGGCAGAGAUGCAGCCCUAUGUGCAGAUGGUCCUCAACAAUCUGGUGGAGAUCAUCAACCGGCCCAACACGCCCAAGACACUGCUGGAAAACACAGGUCGCCUGACGAGUCCCUCUGCCAUUCCAGCCAUCACCAUCGGCCGCCUGGGCUACGUGUGCCCGCAGGAGGUGGCCCCCAUGCUGCAGCAGUUCAUCCGGCCUUGGUGCACGUCCCUCAGGAACAUCAGGGACAACGAGGAGAAGGACUCGGCCUUCCGUGGGAUCUGCAUGAUGAUAGGCGUCAACCCCGGGGGCGUCGUGCAGGACUUUAUUUUCUUCUGCGAUGCUGUAGCCUCCUGGGUGAGCCCGAAGGAUGACCUUCGGGACAUGUUUUAUAAGAUCCUCCAUGGCUUCAAAGACCAAGUCGGGGAGGAAAACUGGCAGCAGUUCUCGGAGCAGUUCCCGCCACUGCUGAAGGAGAGGCUAGCCGCCUUCUACGGGGUCUAGACGAGCAUCGCGACUGCCAGGUUUCUGUCUGCGUCGUCGUCAGAGGGGUUGCUGGGGAGCGUGCUGCGUCCAGAAGUCGCUGUGCCCUGGUCGAGGGGGGUUAGGGAGGAGUUAGCGGGACCCAAAUCCAGACGCCUUCCCCGUCCAUCUACCUGCCAUGGCUGGCUGGAGGUUGGUCAGAGGGUGGGCAGGUGGGUGGGGCCUCCACGCUCAUCCUAGAAACGGGAGGGGGGUGGGACUUCUUGGCAGCAAGGACCCCUUGCUCUAAUUGGGGUCACCUCAGGCAGCCUACUUGGGCCAGCCACGUGGGAGGGAGGCAUCAACACGGCCGACCAAAUCCGGCUUAGGAUGAGGCAAGGGAAAAGCAGGAGGGGAGGGGGGUCCUUGUAGAGACACGUACACUCACAUGUACACACAUGGCUACGCGCAUGUGCGGGUGCUGUCCUCGCCAGCCAGGCUGGGCCAGCCGCCCCACCAUUUCCCCGACUGCAUGGAGACAGUAGAAUUAGUGAACCCCUGAGUUAACUCGUAAGGCCUUCCGUGUAACCUGCAUCUAGAGUUUAAGAAGCUUCUGCUGUUUUGCCGGAA